CGUCAGGAGAGAGCAAGGGUAACCGGCUGCAGUAGAAGCACGUGGAGCAGCUACAGGAGUCCAGGGGCAUCGCGGUGAGCAUCCGAAGCACGAGCCGCUCAGAAAGCAGAAACUUUGUAGAUCAAACAUGAACGGAGAGAUGAACGAUUUCCACAACGGCUUCACUGAUGAAGAUUGUUUCUUAUUCACCUCCGAGUCCGUGGGAGAGGGACAUCCGGACAAGAUCUGCGACCAGAUUAGUGAUGCUGUUCUUGAUGCCCAUCUUAAGCAAGACCCAGAUGCCAAAGUGGCUUGUGAAACAGUCGCCAAAACUGGAAUGAUCCUGCUGGCAGGAGAAGUGACAUCUCGUGCCACCGUAGACUACCAGAAGAUUGUCCGGGACACUAUCAAACACAUUGGCUAUGACGACUCCUCAAAAGGCUUUGAUUAUAAGACCUGCAAUGUGUUGGUGGCGUUGGAGCAGCAGUCUCCGGACAUUGCCCAGGGAGUUCACUUGGACCGUAACGAGGAGGACGUUGGUGCAGGGGACCAGGGUUUGAUGUUUGGCUAUGCUACAGAUGAAACUGAAGAGUGCAUGCCCCUCACCAUCAUUCUGGCCCAUAAGCUCAAUGCCAAAAUGGCUGAACUGCGUCGCAACGGUGUCCUGCCCUGGCUUCAACCGGACUCCAAGACCCAGGUGACAGUUCAGUAUAGGCGGGACCAUGGUGCGAUGCUGCCAGUGCGUGUGCACACUAUAGUGAUCUCAGUACAGCACGAUGAGGAUGUUUGCCUGGAUGAAAUGCGUGAUGCCCUGAAAGAGAAGGUGGUUAAAGCAGUGGUGCCUUGUGUUUACCUGGAUGAUGACACCAUUUACCACCUACAGCCGAGUGGACGUUUUGUCAUUGGGGGACCUCAGGGUGAUGCUGGAUUAACAGGUCGUAAGAUUAUUGUAGACACGUACGGAGGUUGGGGUGCCCACGGUGGAGGUGCUUUCUCUGGGAAAGAUUACACAAAAGUUGACCGCUCUGCUACCUAUGCUGCCCGCUGGGUGGCCAAGUCUCUGGUCAAAGCUGAACUCUGCAGACGUGUACUUGUACAGGUGUCCUAUGCAAUCGGAGUGGCUCAUCCUCUGUCCAUCUCUAUUUUCCACUAUGGCACAUCAAAGAAGAGUGAGAGGGAACUGCUGGAGAUUGUAAAGAAGAACUUUGACCUUCGUCCAGGUGUCAUUGUGAGGGAACUGCAGCUGAAGAAGCCCAUUUAUCAGAGGACGGCUGCAUACGGCCACUUUGGCCGCGACUCAUUCCCGUGGGAGAUUCCCAAAAAGCUGCAGUACUAAACCGCUGUCAAACUUUUCCUCCGAGGCCUGCUGACGUAGCCUACAGAGAAGUCUGCGUUUUCAGUCAUGAACUGUUGAAGAUUCAUCAUAAUUUUUAUUUCUUGUAAAGACAGGAUGAAUGCACCACACAAACACACAGACAAGUUUGUCUUGCUAUACCUGUGAAUCCUUAUAUACAUAAUAAAACACUAAUAGAGCUAA